AUGACGUGGCGUGGACGUGGACGUGGACCUGGACGUGGACAUGGACGUGGACAUGGACGUGGACGUGGACACGUGGACAUGGACGUGGACAUGGACGUGGACGUGGACAUGGACGUGGACAUGGACGUGGACGUGGACGUGGACGUGGACAUGGACGUGGACGUGGACGUGGACAUGGACGUGGACGUGGACGUGGACAUGGACGUGGACAUGGACGUGGACGGACGUGGACGUGGACAUGACGUGGACAUGGACGUGGACAUGGACGUGGACAUGGACGUGGACGUGGACGUGGACAUGGACGUGGACGUGGACGUGGACGUGGACGUGGACGUGGACGUGGACGUAGACGUGGACGUGGACAUGGACAUGGACGUGGACAUGGACGUGGACAUGGACGUGGACGUGGACAUGGACGUGGACAUGGACGUGGAGGUGGACGUGGACAUGGACGUGGACAUGGACGUGGACGUGGACGUGGACGUGGACAUGGACGUGGACAUGGACAUGGACGUGGACAUGGACGUGGACGUGGACGUGGACAUGGACGUGGACAUGGACGUGGACGUGGACAUGGACAUGGACGUGGACGUGGACAUGGACGUGGACGUGGACAUAGACGUGGACGUGGACAUAGACGUGGACAUGGACAUGGACAUGGACGUGGACGUGGACGUGGACGUGGACAUGGACAUGGACGUGGACGUGGACGUGGACGUGGACGUGGACAUGGACGUGGACUUGGACGUAGACGUAGACGUGGACAUGGACGUGGACAUGGACGUGGACGUGGACGUGGACGUGGACGUGGACGUGGACGUGGACAUGGACGUGGACGUGGACGUGGACGUGGACGUUGACGUGGACGUUGACGUGGACGUGGACGUGGACGUGGACGUGGACAUGGACGUGGACGUGGACGUGGACGUGGACGUGUACGUGGACAAUGGACAUGGACGUGGACGUGGACGUGGACGUGGACGUGGACAUGGACGUGGACUUGGACGUGGACGUAGACGUGGACAUGGACGUGGACAUGGACGUGGACAUGGACGUGGACGGGACGUGGACGUGGACGUGGACGUGGACAUGGACGUGGACGUGGACAUGGACAUGGACGUGGACGUGGACGUGGACAUGGACGUGAACGUGGACGUGGACAUGGACGUGGACGUGGACGUGGACAUGGACAUGGACAUGGACGUGGACGUGGACGUGGACGUGGACUUGGACGUGGACGUGGACGUGUUCGUGGACAUGGACGUGGACGUGGACGUGGACGUGGACGUGGACAUCGAUUGUGGCAAACACGAUCGUGAUGGGCGGUCCAUGAUUCGAGUAACAAUGCUUCACAUUUUAUACCGGCAAAAAGAGCUGGAAUCUCGUCCCAAGGCUAUCUAG